AUGCCGAGAGCCGAACUUGAGAAGAAGCACGAGGAGAUGUUUCGAGUUGACAAAUAUUGCCCAAAGCUGGAGGAGUCUGCACCUUCUGGUAGUCCGCCUUCAUUCGGUGGUAAGUGUAACAUGCCGUACAAAUAUACGAACUAUUUUAGAAAUUCAGGCCGCAAGAUCAAUAGAUCAGUUAGUGACAAGAGGAAGCAAUUUAAAUGGUAUCUCAUGCAGAAGAGAAGCAAACAGCCUGCCCGAUCUUGCAUUGCUCCGCAGUAUCCCCGUAUCGACCAUCUGCAAGUCUCAAAUUUGGGGUCUGAAGCAUUAAAGCUCAGGGUGUUGAGUCAUUUGGCCAUGCUGUGUAUUGCAGGCAGCAAAAAACGGCGGGGUAAUACGGGCGCCGACAAACUAAAAAGCAAAUAUGAUAUCGGCCAUGGUAUUUGUGAUUGGACACAACGUACAACGGGUAGUCAUGCAGGAAGAAACGAGUUCGGUAUGCGAGCCAUUCUGGGCAGCCUUGAAACACCAUAUAUGCUAAACCAGAGCUGA